AUGGACAGCGAGUCGCCGCCGGCAUCAUUGCUGGCUGCGACCUCUCAUGCUGCAGAAGUCUCCAGACUGAAGCAGAGGCUGGAGCGGGCCGAGGAGGAGCUCAGCCACUCAAGAAAGCGGCUGGAGGAUAAGCAAGGAGCAGCGACCCAGGUGGAGACCCUCAAGAAGGCGCUGGCCGAGGCCCAAAAGAAAGCAGCAAAGGAGCAAGCCGCCCGUGAAAAACAUGAGGCCAGAUUUGAUGAGGUCCAGCAGGAGCUCCAGGACGCCGUGAAGAAAUCCCAGUACUGUUCCUUCCCCCUCCUUCCUCCACCCUCCUCCUCUCUGCCGUCUGUGCACCCCGAGCACCAGGCCUCCACGAGCGCCGAGGCGGAAGCGGAAGCGAUGGCGAUCGAUCAGUCCCUCAAGAAGAAGAGAGGGAGACCAGCAGGAGGAGGUUCCCCGUCUGUCAACAAUAGCGAGCGAGAUAAGAUGGUCAUGGAGAAGAAGAUGGCACUGGUGCACCGAAGGCUGGCCUUGCUCGACAGCGAGAGCGACAAGGAAACUGAUGUUGUGCCAACGGCUACAAUGAUUGUGCGGCCACGGAGGGCGGACAGUGAGCAAAAAAGGCUGUUUGAUGUUUCUCAAACACACAAUGCCCAGGAUACUGACACUGCUAAAAAGAAGAGAGGGAGGCUUGUCAACGCCAAGAGUGACAUGGAGCAGAAGUUGAAUAUGUCAACGCCGGGGCUUGCCUUGGUUGAGAGCGGCGGCAGUAACAGCAGCAAGAGUGACGUAGAUGAUGAUCUUGUGCCGAUGGUAGCUGCUGUUAAUUGCCAAAAGACAUGUACAAGUGUUCAGGGUAACUUUGGGUCUGCUAUGGAGAGAGCUGAGGAGUUACUUGUGGAGUUACCAGCCGAACAUCCUAGCUUUGUCAAGCAUAUGCUACAUUCACAUGUUGUUCAUGGUUUUUGGCUGGGUCUACCGUCUGACUUCUGCAACAAGCAUCUCCCAAAGAAGGACACUGCUGUUGUGCUAGAAGAUGAGGAUGGGCACAACUAUGAUGCAAAAUAUCUAGGUGCCAAGCAAGGACUUAGUGCUGGUUGGAGAGGUUUUGCGAUUAAUCAUGAUAUCAAGGUUGGAGAUGUUGUAGUCUUUCAACUUGUUAGUUCAGCAAAGUUUCAGGUCUAUAUAUUAAGAGCGAACAACUUCACUACAACUGAUGGAGCACUUGGUCUCCUGUGUCUGGAAGCUGGCAAGGAGAAGAUACCGAAAGAAGAAAGUUCCAAUGAUGUCAAAUCUGAAGCUGGCAAGGAGAAGAUACCGAAAGAAGAAAGUUCCAAUGAUGUCAAAUCUGAAGCUGGCAAGGAGAAGAUACCGAGUGAGUCAAAUUUCAUUGUGUUGAUUCUGCACUCGUGA